AUGAAAGUUAUCAUCGUGGGAGCCGGCCUGGGAGGUCUGGCUUGCGCUAUCGCGUGUUGUCGCGAGGGAAUUGACGUGAUUGUACUAGAGAAAUCACCCGAAGCUCAAGAGGCUGGAGCGGGUAUCCAGAUCCCUCCCAAUGGCGGCCGCAUCAUGCGGGAAUUGGGAGUUUUCUCCAAGCUGCUCGAAAAGGGGGCCAAAGUCCAAGAGGUGGAGUUCCGCCGCUAUGAUGAUGGCCAUUCACUGCGAAUUAUGCCUUUUGGUGAUGACAUCACACACGAAUUUGGUGUGCCGUGGUUAAUCAUUCAUAGAGCCGAUUACCAUCAAGUUCUUCUUGAGGAGGCAAUUCGGCUUGGAGUCAAGUUUCAAUGGGGUGCUACCGUUGAGAAUGUUCUUACUGACGGCCCGGAGGUUAUCCUCGCCGGAGGAGAAAGAGUGUCCGGAGAUGUUGUGAUUGGAGCAGAUGGAAUCGGCUCUACCGUUAGAAAUAUUCUUCUUGGAGAUACCGUCUCUUUAAUCGAGACGGGUGACCUAGCCUACCGGGCAGUAUUCAAGCGAGAACAGCUGGAAGCCCUCAAUGAUGAUAAAGUCACAGAGUUAUGCAAAAGAGUGGGUGUGACAAGCUGGCUAGGACCAGACAAGCACACCAUCUUCUAUCCUGUUCGGGAUGGCGAAGAGCUCAAUCUUGUUCUCCUUCGACCCGAUACUUUCAAUCAGGCUUCUCAUCGAGAGAAAGGCGAUAUCUAUGAGAUGCGAGAGAGCUACGCAGACUGGGAUGAAACACUUCGCAAGAUCAUCUCAUGUGUGCCAUCCGUUGACAAGUGGAAGUUGUCAAAUCUACCGGAGCUACCAUCAUGGUCCAAGGGUGCUGUCGCUCUCCUCGGAGAUGCAUGUCAUCCAACUCUGCCAUAUCAAGCCCAGGGAGCAGCAAUGGCAGUCGAAGAUGGAGCACUUAUUGGAAAGCUUCUUGGCCUGUUGCAAGCCCGCUAUUCCAAGCUUGAGGAAGAUCCAUCAUUAUCAACAAAUGAGUCAACCCAAAACGAAAUUGUUUCUGUACUAGAGCUCUACGAGCAAAUUCGCAAGAAGCGCACUUCGCGCAGCGUCCAAGGAGCGAUUAUGAAUCGCAAACUGUUUCACAUGCAAGAUGGCCUUCUAAGACGGAUACGAGACUUCCUCGUGCGGUACGCGGGCGUUACACGCAAGUCUGAUUGGACAUGGUUAUCUUCGUUCCGACAGAGACAAACUCUUGGACAUGAUGUUCUAGAGGAGUCGACGAAAUUGUUUGAGAACUGGGCAGCUACUCACCUUCCGGACAAGAGUGGGUAA